AUACGAAUCUAUUUGCAUGGCCCGUUUUGUUAGGUCGUUUGUUUUGGAGCAUUAAAGAGGCUUCGUAAUGUACGCUAAUUAGACUUAUAAAAAUAAAAGUCUUGAUCUAAACUUCUCCUAGCUUCUGAACUGCUUUAGUAAAAUUAAACGUAUUUUCUGAUAGAAGAUAGCUGUGUAUAAUACUUCAAAAUGUUAAAACACGUGCAUAUAGCAAGUUGUGUCUCCUCACCGUACUCUUGUCGAGCCCCUGCGCGAGACACAGUGAGUCUGAUCUCCACGCUGAGUUCCGGUAGCACCGCCGAACAAGAUCCGUUGUCUUCCCGAUCGUCCAGCACCUCGAGUCUCCAUGAUGUUAGUCUGCCCACAAAACCCCCGAAGAUAGUUGUUAAAGUCUAUGUUCGAGCGUUAUCUACUGAUCUCAAGUAUAGAACACUAUCGAUUGGACCUCAGACAACCUGUAAAGAGAUUGUCUGUAUGUUGUUGAACAAGUUCCGAAUGAAACAUCGAGACCCAAAUCUCUACUGCUUGUCACUGGAGGUGUGGAUACGGAAAAAAGGCUUACCCAUCAGAACUGUAAUGGUGCUGGACGAUGAAGCUAGACCUGGUGAACUUCAAGCUUGUCAUCCGUGUGAAAAAUUUGGAUUUUUAUCGUCUAAUCCGCCAGUGUGUAAGUUCGUGCUGCAGAUGAGGAGAGGUGGUUUAGUGAAAGUAUUUGAUAGCUGUUUAAUGACUGGAUCCAUGUACAAAAGUCUUUUGGUGUCAGACAAAACUACGACAGAAGAAUUAAUACAGCUGUUGCUACAUUGUUACAAUUCGAAAGAAAGACCGAAUAAGUUCGCAUUAUUUGAGAUAUCUUCAACUCAGAAAUAUGAAAAAAGGAUUCAUCCAAAGGAUUAUCCUCUUUUGAUCCAGCGAACUUGGCCCAGUAAAGAACAUUUUGCAUUUCAUCUUCGUAGAAAUCCAGAUUGUUUCCAGAAACGGAGAGGAAAAUGGGACUCAGACUCAUCUCUCUGUUUCUGUUUGUACAUCUAGAACAGUAACAACAUUUACCUCGUUUUUUCUGUCUUUGCACCAAGUUGUGCAACUGUUCUGGGUGAGAAGAAUCAGUAUUUCGGACACAAUUAUCUCAUUAAAUGUUAGAGAUGAAGCUUAUUAGCUUUCACUAAUUUUUCUAAAACUUUAAAAAUUAUUUUUAUGAUUGACUAAAAAAAAUGUAAAUAUGUU